CCACAUUAAACUGUAUGGAAUGGUCUCAACCAAGAUUUAGAGUGUGCCACAUUAAAUUCAUUUUCAAACUAUAGUCGAGUAUGGUUGGAUUUCUGUAGGCGAAAACAAUUAUCAGCUUUACAUGAAGCUGAAACCAUAAUAUGGUUGAGACGGGCAAUUACUAGAGAGGAUGGAGAUCGAAGGAGGAGGAAGAGGGGUCUGUUUAUUAGCUGAGCUGGAGCUGCUCCUUCACCAAGAUCCCCUCAUCAAUGAAGUGGGGUUUGUACAUCCUUCUCAACUAGCAAUAUUACAUUCUCUGGAAGGAAAAGAGCCUAUUGCAUCAUUUGGUGGAGACAUGCAACAAUCUAUAGUUGAUGGAGAUACAAAAUCCAGCAGAGAGGCAUCUUACGAUCAAUCUGUUUUUUGGAGUGGAGAUCAUAAGCUUGCCAUAUCUGUCGAGGCUUUAUCUUCUCUCUUUAAGACUGUAAAAUCUGCUUAUCUAUCUGCAUACCAGCAGUAUAAAUGUCUUGUUCACUCCUCACAAAAUAACAUUCAUUUGCCUUAUGUGUAUGAACUGGAAGGUUCAUUAGAAACUGUUGGGCAAGAUAGACAGACGUUGGAUAUAGAAGCUGUAGAAAAUGAACUAAUGAGCCACAGCAAAGUCUUAGUUUUAUUAAGCUGUGACUAUGCUAGUGCUUGGAACUCCAGAAAGCAGGUGAUCUCUCAGAAAUCACUCAAAGAAGUGUAUUGUACAGAGCUUCAAUUGUCAGCACUUGUUCUAUCUUAUGCACCGAAGAGCGAGCAAGCUUGGUCCUACCGUUACUGGGUGAUUGGACAAAUCAUCAAUGGCGUUCUUAAUUUGAAGGAAGGUCAUUCGAUUUUUGAAAGUGAAUCUGAUUUUGUAGAACACAUAGUUGAGAGAUCACAUAUGAAUUAUCGAGCAUGGCGCCACCGAUGUCGGCUUGUGAACCAUAUGUUAACACCACAAGUUCUAAAUGAGUUGCAUAGAACAAAGAAGUGGGCAGAAUCACAUGUGGGAGAUAACUGUUGUUUUCAUUAUCGUCAGUGUUUGUUGCUACAACUACACCAGAAGGUGAAUCCGAUUGAUAAAGUGGACAUAGACAUUUCUCCAAACAUUUUGUUUAGGAGUUUACAAAAUGAUAAUGAGGGAGAUGGUGGUGAAAUUUUACUAAUGUGGAAGGAGGAACUUGAUUGGAACAAAAAACUUAUAACACAAUAUUUUGGUCGAGAGAGUCUAUGGAUCCACCGUCGUUUUCUCUUUUAUGAGAUGAUACAGCAGACUAGGGCUGGCUUUCGCUGCACUGACACAUCAUCUGCCACACAUUGUGAUAUGACUUUUGCUAAACAUAGACAGAAUCACCCACCAGUAUCUCUAGAUUUUUUUUUGUUUAUUGAAGAGGAGUUUGAGUUCAUUGACUUCUGGAUAAAUAAAACUGACAUUACUUUUGAAGAUACCACCAAACAGAAAGAAUGUGCAGCUAUGUACAGCAUGUGGAUGAUCCUGCACCUCCGACAAGUUAAUGGAAGCCAGGAAUUAUUCGAGAGGGUUGAAAAAGAACAAAUCAAGCUCAAGGUUGUGCUGGAAAAUGUGUGUCCACAAAGGACUAUUAUUUGGAAAGACGUAUUAUCAAUCUAAAUCAAUGCAAUGCUGUAAUUCUGUGAAGGGGAGGGAAUGAUCGCAUGCCCCCUAGUAAGCCAAACCGAGCUCUUGAGAUUUGUUCUGCCUGUCCGAUCAUGCCUCCACCCACGAAACCGACAUCUUGCAAACCAUUCCCAACAAGUUGUAUACAAUUACAGUGAGGAUGAUCGGGAUUCUCUCACUUCGAAGUUUUUUUUAGUUUUUUUUGAUAAAAGUGGAUAGAACCACUGAAUUAUAUUAAUUUUUAAAAGUUUUUUAUUACUUCGGAAAGAAGUAUUACUGCAUAUUCAUGUGAAAAUUUAACAUGUUGUCAUUAUAAUAUGCAUAUUCAUGUGAAAAUUUA